AUGAGGUUUCCACUGUUGUCGGCGGCUUCUACCCUGGCCAUUGUUAUCACAUUCGCCCAUUGCGAUACUACCUUCACCUCCAAGACCAACGUCACCUUUACCAACGAAAAUCACUUCGAUGUCCGAGCCGACGACGACCCAUGGACACUGUCUGUCGCCCGCGGUGCCAAACUCCUCCAAGGCAUGAAGGCCAGCGACGCCGAAGCUGCCACUCUCUACAAUCUAGGCACCACUGCCGAAAGCCCAUUCGACGGCGAUCUAAUCGACAAACUACGCGAAUGGGGCUACAACGAUGCGACCGACGCUCUCGCCAAACAAGCAGACCCGGAAUGCAAUUUCGACAGCCAGAACGGGCAUAUGCUGAAGAAAGCCUUUGGCGAUCUAGGCAUUGGGACAAAGAGCAAGAGCCAAGGCGGCCGAAACCAAUGUUUCCUCAUCGAGCAUUUCGACAGUCCGGCUGUGAAGAAGGGUGACGAUGGCAAGAUGCCCGCCAAAGCCGACCAACGGUACGACGUCUGCGAAAAAGAAUACCGCGUCACGAAUGCGGAGCACACUCUUGGCGUCAACGCAGGAGCCGGCGCUGUAUACGCCAUCCAACUUUCUUCCGCCGCAAAAGCUGCACGCCGUCUAUGGAAACGCGCUCCCCUUGCCGAGGAACUCCCAGCUAUACGCAGCGUCUCCGACAUCGCAUGGGCGUUCUGGAAUCGCGUGCAUACCGAUGCGGAGAGUCUGCAAAAUAUCAAGUACCUGUUUGUCACAAUGAUCAUCAACAAAGAAACAAACCAGCAUGUCAAGCGUGCGCUGGGCACCCUGUCACCGCCGAAAGAGGAUGCGGAAGGCUGGCCAGGACAUGACUUCAGCCUGGAGACGGACGCGGGAAAAGCGCUGCUAGGAAGUCCUGUUGGAAGGUGGGCUGGUUACUUCCUUAUGCAGCAUAAGAGACAGUUGGGUGGUAACAAAUACAUCUCAAAGGUAAGAGUGUUCAAGUCGGAGAAAGAGGGUAGUUGGCCGUACUUUUUAUUCUAUGUUGAUGGCGCCACAGCGUCUGCUGCGAGCGACGAGGGGAUUAUGGAUCUGGCUGGGAAACCCAGCGAGCCUCGAGUAGUACGAAAGAACAAAAACUACAGCCCGCACUUGCAACCAGCCACACCGUCUUCGUCCUCCACCCGAAUAACCUCCCGAUACAUACCGGCGCAGUCUCGCGACCACACAUACACACAAGAGAACAAGAUGGACUCCCUAGGUGGUGGCGGUUUCGGCAAUGCCGACUUGAGCAAGCUGUCCGACCGCGACAAGCAGGAACUGCAGCAAUUCGCUAUGAAUGAGGGACAGAAGGCUAGGAUCCAAUCUUCGAUACACUCCCUCACCGACACAUGUUUCCGCAAAUGCAUCCCCGCGGGCACCGUCAAGGCGGGCAAAUUGGACAAGUACGAGGAGCCGUGCAUGAGGCAGUGUGUGGAUCGGUUCUUGGAUGCGAAUAUGGUUGUGCUGAGGGAGUUGGAGAGGUUGAGGGGAUAG